AAUUGAAUUGCUUUCUAAAAUCUGAUAUUUCCAUGUUAGGAAAAAUAAUUAUACAUGGAAAUAAUGAACGAUUUAUGGUAGUAUCAAAUAUUAGAAACAUUUCCAACCCACAAAAACCUUUCAAUUUUCAUUAGUUUGUUCUUAUAAAGGCUGAUCUAUCUCAAGAGCAAAGCCAUCUUUCAAAAAAAUUUGUGAAAAAAACAUGGGUCGGAGAAAAAUUGAGAUGGAAAUAGUGAAGAAUAGCAGCUCGAGGCAGGUUACUUUCUCCAAGCGCCGAUCAGGGCUGUUCAAGAAGGCGAACGAGCUUGCUAUCCUUUGCGGUGCUCAAGUUGCCAUCGUUGUUUUCUCCCCUGGAGGCAAGCCCUUCUCGUUUGGCCAUCCAAGCGUUGAGGCAGUGGCGCAGCGGUUUCUAUAUCAGGACGCGAAACCAAAAGUUUCUAUUCCUGGCCAGGUUGAGUGUCAGCAGGAGAGCCAAGUUGAAAAGCUUGGACAGCAGCUUAAUGGCCUUCUCAAGCAGCUACAGGCAGAAAAGAAGGGAGGAGAUAUGGUUGAUAAGGCGAUCAAGGCAAUUGGAAAACACGAGUACGGAAAACCCAUCAACGAACUCAACAUGCAUGAGCUUUUGGAGAUGAAGCAAUCAAUGGAGAAGCUUCGUGAGAAUCUGAAACUGCGGGUUAGUGAGAUUGAGGCAUCGUCUUCUUUGCUGCUCCUAUCAACCAAUCCUGUCAAAGUUGCUGAUCGUGAAAAAUUAAGUAGUCAAAGUUGCUAAAAAAUGUAUUAUGGUUUGUUCUUGAAUAGAAUUGAUCCAAAUUUCCCAAAUUUUAGAUCAGCUAAUGAUUUCUGUCAUGGCUUUAUUUAGUAAUAAUGUUAGCAAAUAUCUAAUUGCAUAUAUAAUUUGUAUUCAUGUUCAUACGUACUAGAGUAAUUAGAUAUUUUUAAUUAGCACAGUGCUAGGUUCAUGCACUAAAAUAGUAUAUUUAAAUGAUACAUUCACAUAUAUAUUCUUUCUUAUAAUUAACAUCUUAAUGAAAAAUAUUAAAAUUUUUAUGGACUA